AUGGAAGUUAACAUUGGAGCUAUAGGUCAUGCCGGCUCGCCAAUUGGCAGGGGCAACGUUGUAAGCAAUGAUAGUCUCGUGGGACGUGUAAGAGGUUAUUUUGAAAGAGAGCGAUUGGCCGUUAAGGGUAGCAAAAGCCUGGUAAGAAGCUCCCCAGUUAUGGCUCAUGCUUAUCCAGCCUGUCUUGCUUCCCUUCACCCACACGCUUGCUAUGUCCCCACCACCCGCCACAUUCAUCACGUACACGAGCAGCCAAUAUCCAUUGCCCUGGAACAUGAACCGAAGCCCGCCCUUUCUGAUGCAUGGCACUCUGCGGGCUUGGCCAUGUCAAAGUGGGUGCGCGGAGGAUUGCACCACCCACCAUGGUUCGAGUCCUGUGACCAGUUUGGAGGGCAGAGAUUGGUGGCCGUGACUGUGGUGAUGGGUGACCCUCUGUAG